GACAAUUCCGACUCCGAGGAGGAGAGUGGGCCAUCUACGCUCAUACACGAGUCGCUGCUCAGUGGUGCGAAGUCCAGCCAACGCGCAUCCGCGCGCAAGGUGAAAUUCGCUCCGCCAGAUGAGUCCGAGGAGCAGCGCAGCUUGCGCACGAUCUUCGUGGGUAACCUCUCGUCCGAGGUUGCUCAGAAGCGACCUUUGCAGAAAAAACUCCACAGGCACAUUCUAGAGCUCGUUCCUACCGCAAAAAUCGAGUCCACAAGAUUCCGCUCCGUCGCAUUUCAAAAUCCUACCAGUAAACUUCCCGAUGAUGAUGGGACAGAAAAGACCGGCUCACGGCAGCACGGCCUAGACAGAGCAUCAUCGUGGCGCAAAGCUAAUCCCACAGCGGACGAGCCGAAAAAUGACGAGAAGAAGUUUCUUACUCCAAGUCAGAAAAAAAAAGUUGCAUUUAUCAAUCAUGAACUUCACCCUAGCGCCGAUUCAGUUAAUGCAUACGUCGUCUUCGCAUAUCCCCCUCCUGCGAACGAGCGGCCUUUAAAUUUGCCUCCCCUUCUACCAGUCAUGGACCCACACGAGGCAGCUCGUCUAGCUGUCGAGACGUGCAAUGGGACUGUUUUCAUGGAUCGUACAAUCCGUGUAGAUUCUUUGGGCAGGCCUGCAGAUAGCAUUGGAAAACAAAGUGCUCUCUUAGGUACUUUUGCGGGAGAUCCAAAAUCAUCGGUUUUCGUGGGUAACCUUGACUUUGCGAGCAAAGAGGAAGAUCUGCGGAUAUUCUUCGAAAGUCUUAUCACUGCCGAGCGCGGGCCACCUAGUCAGGCUUCAGAUGCACCUAAGCAUUGGGUUUCACGAGUCAGAAUUGUGCGGGAUAAGGAGACUCAACUUGGGAAGGGCUUCGCAUAUGUGCAAUUUACGGAUCGUGUUUGCGUGGACGAAACUCUUGCGAUGGAAGAGUCGAAACUCAAAUUUGCAAAACGUAAACUACGCGUUCAACGCUGCAAAAUACUCCCCAAGGGCUCUGCGACUGAUAAAGCUGCUGCUUCAAAGACUGCAACUACUAGUCACAGUACAGGUGCAGCUCCACCCAUCGACGUGCCAAAGGGCGAUCCCUCUCUGGGUGAAAAAAUAGCGACCCUCUCCAAAGAGGAACGAAAGCAGAUAAAAGCGACGGAUGCUGACCGGCUGGCGCGGAGGAUGGCGAAGAAGAAAGUGAGAAUGGCGCUUGCGAAGCAGGGUGUGCCUGUACGUGGCAAGGAGAAGGAUGGGGGACGAACGAGGAAGACGGGCGCUGUCAAGAGGGCCGCUAUCGCGCCUCGUAAACAGAGCAGGAUCCGGAGUGAGAAGAGUAUGUCAAAACGAAAUAUGAAGAAAUGA